AUGUCGUCUCAUCCUUCUCUGGCUUCCUCUGUAUUAGAUGGUGGAAGGGGGAGAACGAAGGCUCAAUCAAAUUCUAGUUUGCAUGUUCCUCAACAUCUCAAGAAGAGUCAUUCCAAAGGUAAAGUACACAGCCGUUCACUGUCACAUACCAAAUUAAUGAAUAAAGUGUCCGCCCCUGGUGGUACGUCAGGAGUACUAUCACGCCCCAAUUUGGGAAGAUCCAAAUCGACUGACAUGCUACUUCGAACCAAUUCCAGAGGCGGUGCUAAAAGAAGCAACAGAUCUUUCACGAAAUUGUCGGGUCUUCAACCAUUGCUGAAGACCACCUCAAACCAAUCCUUGAAACUGAAUAAGUCCAGUGGAUCCUUAAAGGGAUUAUUUGGAGCUUCUGUUACCGGGGCUGCGACUGCUGGUCUACGUACAAGUGGAAGAAAGGGUAAGGCCAUCAUGCGCUUGAAUGACGAUGACCCCGAUAGUCAGGAAUACGAGGACAUGAAAAACGACGAAGAGAGUAAUACCUCAUUAGAGCCUGAACAAAAUGAUAGAAAUUUAGCAGAUGAUAUCGCAGAAUCACCUGAGAACCGUCUUUCUUCAGGAAAAGAGGUUCCAAGUUCUAGUGAGAUAGAAUCGUAUGAAAAUAAUGAUAAUGAUCUUCAAAUAAUGAAUGCACCAAACAAAGACCAGACAUUUAUGGGUUUAGAUAACCGCACCUCUCCUUCUCAAGAUCCACAAAAGGGCAAGAAAGUGGUUCAGGGCGAACUAAUUGGAAAAAAUUCAGCCCAAACUGAGAGCUCAAUAGAUGAAACUCAGAACAUGUAUGGCGGAUCAUUCUUACUAUCACAAUCUACAGGCUUGACGAAAAAACUAGAUAAAGGAAAGGGCGGCAAUAGUCGAUCUAAAAAUGAUGUUUAUAACGGUAAUGGUAUUGUUGUACCUCACAGUGAAAACAUAGGGGGCCCUAAUAAUUCAGAAUCCUUGACUGGUAUCUCUUUUAAGGCAAAGCCAAUUGAUAAUGUCGCAGAACCAGUUGUAACUAAUAAGACUGUCAAUCAAAAUAACUCAUAUCAACCAAAUCAAACAAUUUUUAGCAAUUUACAAAGGACAAAUUCUCAGUACUUAUCAUCCAAGAAGCAUCCAAAACAGUUGAAAAAUUAUCAAAAACACUUUGGUCUGGGGCCUGAUGAUAUUGACAGUAAUACUACAAAUUUUUCAAAUUUCUUGAAUAAACAACACUCUUUCCAAUCAGAAAACAAUAUGGACACAAGAACACAACAAAGACUAUGGUUACAACGAGAAAGUUCAUUGAUGGAUAUUCCGAGUGAAGGUCAUAUACCGAAUCUUUCCACACUUUCUUUGAGCAAUAUGAUGUUCCCAAGCAGCUACUCUCAGAGUUCUGCUUCCAACAGAGACACCUCUCAGAACAUGUUGGCAAUGACACCAGCACCUCAGCAUUCAACCACAAAUGAAGCUUUCACUGGAGGUCCAGAAAAUGGAAGCCUGACGAACAUCAAUGGUUUAUUUAUGAUGAUACAAAAUCACCAAAAUUCUAUUCAAUCUAGAACAGAAUAUGAAAGGUUAAAUAGGGAAUACUUAAAUGUGAGGCGUCAUUUGAAUCCAGUAGGCGAAUGUUUAAGCAGGCUUGAAAAAAAGUCGAGGAGUAAAAAUGAAAUUGACGUAUUGAAAUCAAGACUGAGUUCAAAGUCUCCUCUGUUAUCAUUAAGUACCCGAGAUAAAAAUAACAAUUCAUUUAAUGAAUUUUCGCCGCUUUUUCAGGACAAGAAAGAUGAAAUAGUCCCGACUUUAAAUUCAAUCUGGCAAGAUGCAUUGGUUUCCUCCCUGUCUGUGACUCCCUCGCCCACGUCGCAAAUGUCACCAGCGAUACAAGGGCUGUCAUGGAACAACCAACGCCCUAUUAACCCUCGAGGAUCAUCAUAUAAUAACUUACGUUCUUCUCAAACUCCAACCACUAGAGCAGUCAAGUUAGCUGCUGCACAUGCAGCUUCGCUGUCGAAUCACAGACCAAACGAGCAGCUAGUCAAUAUAAAUUGA